AUGGCUGUCAACCGGAAGACAAUGGAGAGGCGGAAGCAUCAGGUGAGGGUAAGCACGGAGGGUGGCGGUGACAAUAACCCUUCCGGCGAUGGUCACAGCCGGAGGAAGUAUGACCAGAAGGAGAUUCUUGGAGAGAAGUCUUACUACCGGUGUGUGCACCGGCCCCAAGGAUGCAACGCAACGAAGCAGGUUCAGCGUUGCGACGAGGACCCAACGCUCUUCGAUGUCAUCUACUAUGGCACUCACACCUGCAUUCAAAGUACAGCGGGAGCAACGGCGCAGCAGCCAGAGUGCAUCCAGUACAAGCAGAGCCUCACAUCGUCGUCGUCGGUGGUGCCGACUUCGAGCUCACUCAGUGAUUACGCCAGUGGGUCUUUAAAGACCACGAAGAGGAAGACUAUGGAGAGGCGGAAGCAUCAGGUGAGGGUAAGAACGGAGGGUGGCUGUGACCCCCCUUCCGGAGAUGGCCACAGCUGGAGGAAGUAUGGCCAGAAGGAGAUUCUUGGAGACAAGCACCCAUGGUUGGUUUUUCUUUUCUUUCCAGAUCCCUCCAAAUGUCUGCUGAUGACCUUUUCUGUUUUGAAAAGUGGUUCGAAAUCAUUUGCUUUUGCUUUCGGAUUUCGACGUUGUGGCAGCCCUUUUUGA